AUGAUUAAACAGAAAACAAGUAAAUAUUCAUCAACUGAUCUAAGACAAGUUAAAUUAACUGAAUCUAUAGUAAAAGAUUUAAUAAUUGAAUAUGGUGUACCGUUAUCAUUAGUAGAUCAAAAUGGUUUUAAGAAUUUUAUGCAAGUAUUUGAUCCAAUGUACUCACUUUUAAGCCGCCGACAAUUAACUCGUGAUAAACUUCCAAAAUUACAUGAUAAAAUGGUUACGAAAUUAAAGAUAUUAUGCAAUAAUGCCGAACAUGUAUCAGUCACAUUAGAUGUAUGGACUGAUAGACGAUUACGUUCUUAUAUCGGUAUUACGUUGCACACAUUUAUUGAUGACGAAUUAAAAUCAUAUUUAUUAUCAUUUGCACCACUAAAAGGUCAUCAUACAGCUGAUGUUUUAUUGGCUGAUUUUGAAAAAGUAAUUAAUUAUUAUCAUAUUGAAAAAAAAUUAGUACGUUUAAUUACUGAUAAUGCAGUCAAUAAUAUAAAAGCAUUCAAUGACAUUUUACUUCCCGGUUUUGAAACAUAUUUUGAGAAUGAUGACUGUAACAAAGAUGACAAUGGCUCUUUACAGAAUAAUAAUGAUGAUGAUGAUUGUGAAGAAAUAUUUAAUGAUGAUUCGUAUGAUCACUUUGAAUUAGUACCGUUAGCUGACGAUAUUAUUCAAUGUGUAAGUGAAAAUUUAGAAUUAUUACGUUUGCCAUGCUUCACUCAUACGCUACAGCUGGUUGUUAAGGAUGGUAUUAAACAUGCAUCUAAUGCAACUGCUGCCUUAACAAAAGUUGCAAAAAUUGCAAAAUUCAGUCAUAGCAGCACUUUAUUUGCUGAAAAAUUAGAUAAAUUAUCAAAGACAAUACCACGAGCAACAAAAUGUCGUUGGAAUAGUCAAUUUUUAACUGUUACUGCUGUUUUGAAUAUACCUAUAAUGAUACUCAAUGAUAUUUUAACUGAAUUAAAUAAAAAAGAACUAUAUUUAACAGAAAAAAAUAAAGAAGUUCUUGAUGAAUUUAUGACAUUAUUAUGCUAA